GUGAUGUCCACUGCCCUGGGCCAUUUCUUCACCUUUCUUGGGGCCAACCAUCCUGCAUAUCAUGGCAGCUGUCUAGGAUCCCAUGGCUCUCAGGUGUCCAAGGCACGGCAAGAAGCCAACAAUGAUAAGGCGUCCACCAACUGUCGUUUGUUACAUCUGCGGUCGUGAAUAUGGAACAAAGUCGAUUGCCAUCCACGAGCCACAAUGUCUGAAAAAGUGGCACAAUGAGAACAACUUGUUGCCUAAAGAGCUAAGGAGAUCAGAACCUAAAAAGCCGGAAGUCAGGGCCAUUACUGCCAAAGGUUUCUAUGAUCUCGAUGCCUUAAACGAAGCCGCUUGGACAAGUGCCCAGAGCCAGCUGGUCCCCUGCAAUGUUUGUGGGCGUACCUUCCUGCCAGACAGACUGAUUGUUCACCAGCGAUCUUGUAAACCUAAAGCUGCCAAGUAAAGCCCUUCUCUCUGCGCUCAGCGUCUCAGGAAUGAGUCC